AUGCUCCCACAGCACGCAAUUCCACCCAAAGAAGGCCGCUUUCCUCCGUCACAUCCGAGGUUCAAAGCAAAAACACGACCAAAACGCAUGCUUUUUCGGAUCAUUCGCUUCAUCUUUGCGGUAGGGGCUGGCUGGUUCAUAAUAUCAUCUCUGCUCCUCAGGGAGCCAGAUUCAAGCCCCAAGAGUCUGAAAUCGACUUCUAGCUUGGUCACGGGCAGACUUUGGCAACUAUGGCCUACUGGUAUCAGGACUGCGGAAUCACCUGUACAUGAUUCGACGUCGCAAGACAUGUUGGAUGAAAAAUCAACUGUACAAAUUCCAUUAGAGUCGCAGGAAAACGUAAACUCCGCAACAGGGAAAGACCAAGACUCAACGCAAUCAUUAUCAAAUAAUGUUGAACACACCGACAAAAAGACGGAUCCAGAGAAUCUAGGGCUUGACAUCUCUAGCGCUGCUCUUGACUACCUUCUGUCAACCAUUCCCAGCGAGUCAGACACACGAGAGCUCCUACAGCCAGUAACCAGCACAGGGGAGAAGAGGCUGCACGAGCUUGGCCUGCGCACACGCGCAUAUAAAAAGUUCUUCGAGGCUUGGGAGGAUGUCCACCUCGUCAACAACAGAGAUCACACUUACGUGCGGGACGAUAUUAUCACCCACAUGCGCGACACGUUCAGCGAGUCAACAUUCCCCGAGGCGCUGCAAAAAUACGAAACUUACCGCCACUUUGUCACCAAAUUCGCUACACUGUUGUUUCCGUGGACGAGCCCGUACUUUGCAGACCACAUGAGCUUGCACGUCUCGUCGCGCCAUGGAGGCCGCGGCAUCGUGACAACAGCGGGCAAUAGCCAUGCGCCUUACCUACUGGCUGCCAUCCCUUCCUUUCGCCUCCUGGGCUGCGAUCUCCCCAUCGAGAUAAUGUACCUCGGUGACAGGGAUUUGAAUGAAGAUUUCCGCACGAAGCUUGAAGCUCUGUCAGGCGUCACAACGCGUGACCUCUCUGUAAUGGUUAAUGACGAAGGUUGGCAGCUCAACGGAUGGGCCGGGAAGCCCUUUUCUAUGCUUCUCUCGUCUUUCCGCGAAGUCAUGUUCAUUGACGCCGACUCGCUAUUCUUCAUUAACCCCGAGUUACUAUUUGAUGACCCGGAGUACUUGCGCACGGGCGCCCUUUUCUUCAGAGAUAGGAAGAUCAUGCCAGAGAGCAAGAGGGAAUGGCUGCAGAAGAUCUUGCCGCCGCCGAUUUCGGAAUCCGUGCAGCAGAGCAGAAUGUGGACCGGUGAAAGCGGGCAUAUGCAAGAAUCGGGAGUCGUUGUUGUGGAUAAGUGGAUGCACUUUGUCGCAUUGUUGCUUGUAUGCAGGAUGAAUGGGCCAGAUAGGGAUGGCAAUGGCGGGGACAUUAAAGGGACUUAUGAUAUGGUCUUCGGUGAUAAGGAAACUUUUUGGAUUGGAUGGGAGCUCGCUGGUGAUACUUCCUAUGCCUUCCACCCGGGCGGAUCUGGAGUCAUGGGCGUAGUCCAAGUCCCCGACAGUGUCAACGCCACUAAUGAACGGCCUGAGGGUGUUCCAGUGAAAAAAGUACGCAAAAUGGCGCCUGGCCACGAGUCAGACCAAACUAUCUGCGCCCCCCAGCUUCUUCAUUUGGACCGCGAGCAGCGCCCUGUGUGGUUCAAUGGUUGGCUGUAUGAGAAUAAAUAUGCGGGUAGUAAACGGGUUGGAAGAUUUGACAUGUUUAUGGAGGAGCCGAGCGAAAAUCUAGAUCCUGCGGCGUGGCAACUAGAGGAGAGCAAUCUAUGUUGCUUGUCAAAUUCUGCGGCAAAGGCCUUUACAACACAGGAGACUGAAUGGCUGGAAGUAUUGAUUGGGAUGGCAAAGACGGUUGAGCCAGUGGAGGGAUAA